GCACAAUGACAAUAAGACAUUCCUGGUUUGGGUGAACGAGGAGGAUCAUCUGCGUGUCAUCAGCAUGCAGAAAGGAGGAAACAUGAGGGAGGUGUUCACCCGCUUCUGCACUGGCCUCACCAAGAUCGAGGAACUGUUUAAGGAGCGAGGUCAUGAAUUCAUGUGGAACGAGCACCUGGGCUACAUCCUCACCUGCCCGUCCAACCUGGGCACCGGCCUGCGAGCUGGCGUCCACGUCAAGCUGCCAAACGUGAGCAAGCACGAGAAGUUCGGCGAGAUCUUGAAGAGGCUGCGGCUGCAGAAGCGAGGAACAGGUGGUGUGGACACUGCAGCAGUGGGUGGAGUCUUUGACAUCUCCAACGCGGACCGCCUGGGUUUCUCAGAGGUGGAGCUGGUGCAAAUGGUGGUGGAUGGCGUUAACCUGCUGGUGGAGAUGGAGAAGCGGCUGGAGGCCGGAGAGAGCAUCGAUGACAUGAUGCCUGAACAGAAGUGACCUGUUUCACUGUAACCUCUAGCCCCACCCCCUCAUCCUCACCUAUCACCCCUUCCCCUCACUAUAACCAACCAGAAACCGUCCUGAUGCUGUGGGACGUUUAGAGCCGUUCAGUUAGACCUCAGUCUUCCAACAUGUGAAGGGUUUUCUACUUCCUGUCUCACCUGUUGGACUCACCUAACACCUGAAAUCUCUAAUAAAGUCUGUGUGGCCCAAACUA